GAAACUCGGUGCUGCCGCAUCGUCAUCAUCAAAGUGGGAAACAGGCCGCAUGACAUGUGUACUGCUGAUACCCGUCUAAGAACAGUAAUAGUUUAAAGUUGUUUUAAUAAAGUCACAGCUCGUCAAAGUAAGAAAAUGCCCAAGAAACUGAAAGAAGAAGAAGAGUGGGAGGGCGAUGAAGUCGACCCUGUGGCGGAAAAAACAGUGAAGAAAGGAAAGAAAGAUAAAAAGGGGAAGAAGAGUUUCUUCGAGGAACUUGCCACAGAGAGCAAAGCAGAAAAGAUAGAUGAGGCGACUGUGAAGGACACAAAGGCAAAGCAGCCUCAGAAAAAGAAGAAAGAUCGCCGAAAAGGAAGAGGUGCAGAUGGAAAUGAGGAUGAUGAAGAUGAGGAGGUCAUGCAGAGGCUGAAAAAGCUGUCAGUGCAGCCCAGUGAUGAAGAGGAAGAAGAGCCUGUCAUCGUCCCCAGUAAAGGAGGCAAGAAGGGCAAGGGUGGAAACAUCUUUGCUGCUCUCAGCCAGGGCCAGAGUAAUGAUGAUGAGGAUGAGGAUGAGGACGAGCCCUCAAACAAGGAGGUUGAGAAGCUUUCUAAAAGCAAGAAAAAAGAUAAAUCUAAGCUCAAGAAGGUGAAGGCUGCAUCUGAUGAAGAGGAUGAGGAAGAGAAGAUGGAUGAGGAUGAAAAGAAACCUGCAAAGAAGACCAAGAAGGCAGAUGCCAAAGACUCCAAAGAGGAUGAGGAGAAACCGAAGAAAGGCAAGAAAGAGCAGCCAAAGGGAAAACCUACUGAGCGGUCACACAGUGAUGAUGAAGAUGAAGAGGAAGAUGAUAGCGAUGGAGCCGACACAAUGAUGUGUGCUGAGGAUGUUAUUGCAGCGCAGGACAAGCAGCAGGAUGAUGACCCAUUUGCUAAUCUUUCCAAAAAAGAGAAGAAGAAAAAAAAGAAACAGAUGGAGUAUGAACGUCAGGUCGCCAGUGUUCGGGCUCAGAACGCCAUAGAGGGAGAUUUCUCGGUUUCUCAAGCUGAGUUGUCUUCUAGACAGGCCAUGCUGGAGAACGCCUCAGACAUCAAGCUGGAGAGGUUUAGCAUAUCUGCUCAUGGAAAGGAACUCUUUGUCAACGCUGACCUUCUGAUUGUGGCAGGAAGAAGAUAUGGUUUGGUCGGACCAAAUGGCAAAGGAAAGACCACUUUACUAAAACAUAUUGCCAACAGAGCCCUCAGUAUUCCCCCCAACAUUGACGUGUUGCUCUGUGAGCAAGAGGUGGUAGCAGACGACACACCAGCGGUGCAGGCGGUGCUGAAGGCGGACACCCGGCGUCUGAAGCUUCUUGACGAGGAGAAACGGCUCCAGGCUCUCCUGGAGAAAGGAGAGGACAGUGUAGCGGAGAGGUUGGAGAAGAUCUAUGAAGAGCUCAGGGUGAUCGGAGCUGCAGCUGCUGAGGCUAAAGCCCGAAGGAUCCUGGCUGGUCUGUCUUUCACCCCUGAGAUGCAGAACAGACCCACCAAGAAGUUUUCAGGAGGCUGGAGAAUGAGAGUCUCUCUGGCCAGAGCUCUCUUCAUGGAGCCCACUCUGCUGAUGCUGGACGAGCCCACCAACCAUCUGGACCUGAACGCUGUCAUCUGGCUCAACAACUACCUUCAAGGCUGGAAGAAGACUCUCCUCAUAGUUUCCCACGACCAGAGUUUCCUUGAUGACGUUUGCACGGAUAUCAUCCAUCUGGAUAACCAGAAACUCUACUAUUACAGGGGCAAUUACCUGACCUUCAAGAAGAUGUAUGUGCAGAAGCAGAAGGAGCUCCAGAAACAGUAUGAUAAGCAGGAGAAGAAACUCAAAGACUUAAAGGCUGGUGGCAAGUCGACCAAGCAGGCUGAGAAGCAGACUAAGGAAGCCCUGACCAGAAAGCAACAGAAAGGCAAGAAGAAGGGAGGUAUGGAGGAAGAGAGCCAGGAGACCCCAGAGCUGCUGAAGCGACCUAAAGAAUACACCGUCAAGUUCACAUUCCCCAACCCACCUCCACUCUCUCCACCCAUCUUGGGAUUACACAGUGUUGACUUUGGGUAUGAGGGUCAGAAACCCCUGUUCAAGAAUGUGGACUUUGGAAUUGACAUGGAGUCGAGGAUUUGCAUAGUUGGACCCAACGGUGUGGGAAAGAGUACUCUGCUGCUGCUCCUCACUGGCAAAUUAAACCCAACCAAAGGAGAGAUGAGGAAGAAUCAUCGGCUGAAAGUGGGCUUCUUCAAUCAGCAGUAUGCUGACCAGUUGAACAUGGAGGAGGCAGCCACAGAGUACCUGAUGAGGAACUUCAACCUCCCCUACCAGGACAGCAGGAAGUGCCUGGGACGUUUUGGCCUGGAGAGUCACGCACACACCAUUCAGAUAGCCAAACUAUCAGGAGGUCAGAAGGCCAGAGUAGUGUUUGCUGAACUUGCCUGCAGGCAACCUGAUGUACUUAUAUUGGAUGAACCCACUAACAAUCUGGAUAUUGAGUCGAUUGAUGCCUUAUCAGAGGCCAUCAAUGAGUACAAAGGAGCGGUGAUCAUUGUGAGUCACGAUGCCAGACUCAUCACGGAGACUCAGUGCCAGCUCUGGGUGGUGGAGGACAGUACAGUCAACCAGAUCGAUGGAGACUUUGACGACUACAAACGGGAGGUGCUCGAGGCCCUGGGAGAGACCCUGGUUCACAAGUCCAAGGAGUGACAGCACAGCCAGCCACAGCAACAUUAACAGCUCCAGCUCUAGCAGGGCUACACGAUCCUCUGGGGUCAUGUGCUACCUACACUUCUGUGGAUGGGUUGCCAUGUUUCACCAAGGUGUCAUGGAGAAUGGAAUAGAACUGGGGAAGAUACUGGAGUGUUACUCCCGCUAUUGAAGACAUGGCAAUGCAUCAACACUGAAUUCAUAUAUAUAUGUAUAAAUAAAGCUCUCUAACAUGGACUACCCAACAAUAUCUUGAAUAAUGGUCUUUGUUAAACAUCUGCAAUAGCCAAACCAAUAAAGCAAUUUGUCUUCUUA